AUGGAGUUUCCAUUCAUGCGAGCCUUUAUUGCCCUAUUUUUAUAUCGCUACUUUCGCCUUGUUGUGAACCUUGUUUCCUUCUGGACAUUUAAACCAAUUCUUCCGCCAGAGAAUCCGAAAUUAACUGCCCAGGAUGUGACGGUAAUCUUACCAACCUUGGAAGGAUGCGGCGAUGAACUCGUGGAAACCAUAAGAACGAUUCUCGACACGCAACCAUAUGAGCUCCUCUUGGUCACUAUCGAGGCAAAUCGGAAAAAGGCAGAGAAUAUGUUGAGCUUGAUGCCAGCUUCGAAGUCGAGAAUCCGCUUGUUCACUGUCACCCACCCAAACAAGCGUCGACAGAUGACUAGGGCGAUCCCAGAAGUCCGGACUGCUAUCACGGUAUUUGCAGAUGACGAUGUGAGUUGGCCACGGACAGUUCUUCCUUGGAUCUUAGCGCCUUUCGAGAAGGACGAGCGAUAUGGUGGUGUGGUUACUUGUCAGCGUCUGCGACGAGCUGUUUCCCCAUCAUUCUCCCAGCGCAUAUGGGGUUUCCUGGGCGCUCUUUACCUGGAGCGAAGAAAUUUCGACUGCGCAGCCACAACACAUAUUGAUGGUGGGCUUCCUUGCAUGUCGGGCCGGACAGUUGCAUACAGGACAGCGAUCCUCCAAAAUGAGGGCUUCACAUAUGCGUUCACCAAUGAGGAAUGGUGGUUCGGAAAGUAUCAAUUGAACGCGGAUGAUGACAAUUUUAUUACCCGCUGGAUGGUGUCGCAUGGCUGGGAGACAUUCAUGCAAUAUCAUCCUGAGGCGGAGGUCUUGACAACAUUGGAAGAUAAUCCUAAGUUUCUCAAGCAGUGCGCGCGCUGGUCUCGAAGCAACUGGAGGAGCAACCUUACGAGCAUGUUCCACGAAAAACAUAUUUGGCAGUGA